AUGAAGUUAUAUAGAAAAAUACAUAGUUAUGAUGUUUUAGCAAUGGAUGGAGGUUAUACAUUAUUUAUUAAUAAAUUUACUGACUUAGCUAAAACAAAAGACAUUGAAUCUUCAAAUAAUAAUUUUGUAUUUCCAAUUCGUAAAAAAAAUAAAGUUAAUCUAACAGAACCAGAAAAACAUUUUAAUAAUAUAUUUGGUAGUUUCCAUUCUAAAGUAGAAAAUCAAUUCGCUGAAAUAGGUAAUAAAUUCAAAAGGUUCAAUAAUAAUAGUGCUGUAGUAAGAAUGAAUAAUAUUAAAUUUUAUAAUUUACAAAUUAAGGUUGCUUACUCACCUUCCUCUGAAAAAAAAUUAAUAGAUAUAGUAAUUACAAAUAAAGAAAUAAAUAAACAAAAGUUAAAUGAAAUGAUAAAUAUACAAGAUGAAUUAUUAGCUCUAGAUAUAGGUAAUAGUAAUAUAAAUAAUGAAUAUAGUGAUGAGAACCAAGAUAUUAAUGAUUCAAGUGAAGAUGAUAUUCCUAAAUUUAAUGAAAAGAAAAGAAAACGUAAGAAUAAAGGAAAACAAUCAAUAAAAACUUAUGAAGUUGAAAAUAUAAUAGAUCAUAAAUAUGAAAAUAAUAAGUAUUUAUUCUUGGUUAAAUGGAGAUAUUAUGAUAAAAAUGAAAAUACAUGGAUUCCUUAUAAUAAUUUUAAUAAGAAAGAAAUAAUUAAUAAAUAUUUAGAUCAAAGUCAUAUACAAAUAAGAUAA